CGCGCUUCUUGUGCAGACAGAGCAGCACCGCGAGUGACGUGCUGAGCAGCAGGCAGGCGAGAGAGUCAAGACACCAGACAGCCCCUCGUCCAGUGGCAGUGCAUGCCCGAGCGCCAGUUCUCGGUGUCGUUUCGGCUGGAGAAACCCCCACGGGCGGCAAGAUGGAGAUGGAGGACGAGCUGGCCGCGGGCGUGGUGCUCUCGCCCACUCGCAACUUAAGCAAGGACGGCGAGAUCGUGCGGCGCUGGAUGGAGAUGGUUCUGGGUGACAAGUCCCUGGGCGAUCUCCCGGCGGCGCUGCACUCUGGCGAGCUGCUUUGCGACCUGAUCAAUAAAUUGUACAAGGCGCUGGGUAUGAAGAGUCAGAUCAGCCCCGUACGUGCUCAGGGCGACGAUAUGGACGCAUGGAGCAAUGUGCGCGAAUAUCUUAGAGCCUGUGAGGUGCUGGGAGUGGCGCGGCAAGAUCUCUUCCAGCCGGAAGACCUGCUUUCACGCAAGGAUAUGGAAAAAGUGUACAGCCAUAUCCUUGCGUUGCAGACGGUGGCAGUGUCGCUCUCAAAUCGCCGUUCGAUCGACGAGCGCAGCUCCAUGAUCAACGCACCGGACUGGUCCCCGGUGUCUGAGCACGGCGUAUUCGCCGACGACGAAGAUCUGGAUGCGGAGGAUUUGGAUCUGGACUCUCCAGAAGCUGUUAAUAUGUUGCAGCAAUCGCGUUGGCAGCGGCUACUAUUUGAAUAUGAGCAUCAGCAGCAGCGAAAGGAGGAGCGAGAUCGUGCGGGUGAUUCCUCUGCGUCUGAGGGACUGGGUCCACUCGCACAUGGCAUUUGGCGCACGGAAGAGCGUAUUCGAGCGAUCUUGAUGCGCGAAGAUCGAGACUUUGGAGCUGUGCCUGAGGAAUUACACGGGAAAUUGUGGAUGCUGGCGUCGGGAGCUCAAUUGGAAAUGAGGAAAAGCGAGGGCCAGUACGAGCGAUUAUUAGCUUCAGAGUCAGAGAGCACGGAGGCGACACGGCAGAUUGAUGUGGAUCUGCAUCGGACUGUUGCGAACGAGGAUAAAGAGCUGUGGACCGAGGAGAAAUCGAGGAUGAUGCGGCGUGUAUUAGUCGCGUAUUCCAUCUACAACCCGGGUUUGGGAUACUGUCAGGGCUUAAAUUAUAUUGUGGCUCGAAGUCUGCAAUAUCUGGGCGAAGAAGAAGCGUUCUACUUGCUCGUUGUGAUCGUUCGGCUUGUCCCUGAUGAUUAUUAUACGACAAUGCUGGGGCUGGCUGUGGAUCAACACGUGUUUGCCGAUCUCGUGCGGCUUCAGUACCCGGAGAUCUCGGAGCAUCUGUCGGAGCUUGGUGGCUCAGGGAUGGAGCUUUCGCUUGCUUGUACAGAGUGGUUCUUGACCCUUUUCGCUAGUCCUUGCGAAAGAGGAGUCACUUUUCAGAUCUGGGAUGCCAUUUUUCUUCAAGGCGACGAGGUUCUCUUUAGGGUAGCGUUGGCUCUGCUUCAACCGGCAAAGACUGCGCUUCUCGCGUGCAAUAAUUAUGGAGACAUGCUGAAGCAUCUGAAUGAGCUCGGAAGAGGUGAACUAGACGCUCUAGAGUUGAUGCAGGUCUCUAAAAACCAGGACUGUGUGAUUCGUGGCCGGAUCGAAGACUUUCGAGCUCAUCAUCGCCUGCAACUGGCAUCGGGUAUCGUCGCAUCCACUGUUGAAGCUGAGGAUGCACGAACCUCAUCAACAGGACGGCGAAGUUCAGAGGUUAGAUCAGAGCCAAGACUGAGGAUAUUUGGCCGCAAGAAGCCAGGCAUUUUCCGACACAUUGACAGGAUCCCUCCUCGCUUAGCGCGAACAUUCGACCGAAAGCUCACCGAGGAUUACAUGGAGACCAUUCGACAAGAUCAUCCCAACUUCGCGCAAUAUUACGAAGGAUUGCAGCCCCAGAUUAUAGAAAUGUAUUGGGGAUCAGCAGAUAGUUAUCGUCAGUGGGGAGCACGAAAUGUUCGUCGAAUUUCAACCGAUGGGUUUGCUGUCAGUAGCUCCAAAGACAAUCAUCAGAUGAGUCCGAACGUAUCAGGUGAACGGAGACGUGAACUGACACGAGAUCGUCGCAGCAAGAGCUUCAUGCACCCGAAGAAGGUCCAACACAACAGCGCAAACAGCACCCCUAGUAGCCGAGCGGUCAAAGACAGCGACGAAGAUGCCCAGUUGAUUGGACGCUCCCCGUUGGCAUGGAUUCAGCGGUUUGAGGAAUGGCAUAAAGACUUAAAGACCCAAAAAGAGAAGAAGAAAGCGGAGAAGCGACUGCGCCGUAACCAGCGCUCUGAAAGCUUAUUCCCUGGCUCCAGACACGGACAACCGGAUCCUUGGAUGCGUGGUGCCACUGACUCGUCUUCAGUGCCAAUUUAUCCCCAGCCGAAGCAAUCGCAGGAUAUUGAAGGAUUUUCAUUAGGCCACAGAAGGAGAUCUAACGAGUACCAGGGUCCAUCCCCCGAGAACAUCCCGAUGCUGGAAGAACCUUCGCUUUCGCGCUCGUAUUCGGACCCAUUUCGAUCCCCCGCGGGUAUUGCGGCACAUAGUCUGCGUAAACACGCAAGUGAAAAAACGUGUCGCGAGAGUGAACAGUGCCCCAUGCUGCCACAGCAUCCGCUCACAAAGCGCAACAUCGAUCAAGUUCCCCAAAAAGCAGAUGUCGAUGAAGUACGGAAACUCGGUGGAAGUAGCAAUGGACGAGCAUCUCGUGGGUUCAGUGACCAGAGCACGUUGUCGAGGAGCACCAAUUCGUAUGUCAACACAGCGUCUUUCACUCUGGACCCACAGGAAGAAAUCCAAGAUGAAUCAAACUCGGACGCUUCACUCGACGAGAAGAACGCAAAGCUACAUGUAGACGAUGAAGGACUGAGCCCCACAUUGGCACAACUGGAGAAGCCUCUGGCGCAUGAAGUCAUGUUCUCUCCGUUUCAUUGCCGAUCGACCUCUAUGGACUUUGCAGCUGCACUACAGCACGAAGAGCCCGGAUCGUGUGCGCCGCCUCAGAUCCGCCGAAUUCUGUCAGUUCCUGCUGAUGAAAUGAGCAUUCUAAAGCGACCGCGGCACCCCAAACGCGACUGUUCUCAAGCGAUGCGAGAGCGUGCAAAUGUUCUGCAGUACAUGCACCGGAAGGCAAGCGACGCGAGUAGUAUCGCUGGCAGCAUUCCACGCAGUCCUGCACGCAUGAGCGAGAGCUCCAGUGAUUCGUCUCGCUUCGGCGACCACACCAGCAAUCGAAGUGGCAAGUCGAUGCACUAUCGGAAAAGCUCGUUCUCGUUUUUUGACAAGCUUUCAAGUGACCUGGAGAACAGUACUCAUGGACUGGACAGUCUGGUGGACGAGUCUGAAUUCAACACUGACGGGAUCGGUCGAGGAUCCAUGUCUUCGGUUGCGACCGGUCGCUCGAGCACAGUUGACGAGCAACGACCUAUGGGUGGAGCUAUCUCCAUCUCGUCGUGA